AUGGGAACGGCUCUAAACAAUCAGCAGCCGAGAUAUUUGGCACCUGAUUUCCGACGCGGCGGCUUCGGCGGAGGCGAGACAGACCUGGCUCCGCAUUGCGACCCCGCCGCAGGACUAGCGUUCCAGUGGACGACGCAGUUGCAACGCAAUGGAUCUUCCACAGCCAUGUAGACCUGCAACAAUCGCACAGACUCGCGAAUCAUGCACUUCAGGAAUAGCGCGACUCUUUCAACGCUCAGAGACGGGAAAUAACCUCCUCGCAACAGAUGAGGGGAAGCUGGUACUUCGCAGACGUUGAGGUACUAGCAUCCGACGUCGUGGACGUGAUCCGACUUGCUGCUGGCGAAAGCGAUCCGUGCUAGAGAUCUGAAAGUUCCUCAGCGUCGAAUGAUCUCGUUCAAAAUCUUCACCUGGAAGGAUAUUGACGUGAGUUUGUGUUCACCUGGGAACGGUGUUUCUCGAGACUGGUGCAACUUGGCUCUGCGCGCCAAGUGUUUGUUUUUUUCCAGGCAAAAGAAUGCUGUAUUUAGAAACUACUCUGGAUCCACAAAUUGCUGAUGAGUCGUGAGCAGUGCUUUGGAUUCUGCGGAAGUCGCCGCUCUUGGGUGGUGCUGAGGGCAGGGAGCGGCCACGGCUAGGAGAUGUAAAAAAUUGAGUUCUGUGUUUUGUUGUGUUGCGUUUUUUGAACGCCGCAGCUGCAAUUUCCCGCGCGUGCAUGCAGACGGGUGGCGAGAUCCACUCCAGCAGCGUAAUGUAGCAAGUCGAGCAGGGAGCAGAGUCAGGGCCGUCCUGGACAAACCAGCGAAAUCUUCCGUCAUGCCACAGAAGGCAACAGAAAUAGGGCUAGCUUUUCGAAGAGUCUGAAGUGCGUCCCGUGUGUGCACUAUAACAUGCUAUAGUUGCUUUCUCGCAUGCCAUGCAAUAUUUCGGAGACUUUCCCUUCAAAUCUAGUAGUUAAUGGGGGAGGUGCAGUUGAUUAUCCAGCGAAGUGGAAGCCGUGAGGAGUAGAGAACUGGGAAGGACUGAGAAUGAGGGUGUAGAAUUAAACGGAGAGGAUCAUUGUCUACUUGCAUGCUGUAGCUAGUCCGCUAAAAAUGUAGGGUUUCAGGAUGAUUUUCAAGUUCUGCGCAUAUUUGUGAGUGUGUUGCGCAGGCCAAUAGAUAUGACUAAAAGAAAGCGUGAGCCGGAGUCAAUAUUUGCGAAGGUGGUUAUCUUCCUUUUAGCGAUUCUUGGUGCAGUUUCGGUGGCAGCGCAAGACUUAGCUGCUGAUACCAGGGCCCUUCUUGUUUUCAGUGCUUACCAUGAUCCUAGGGGGACGAAGCUAGUCUGGACCAAUGCUACAUCUACGUGCACCUGGAGAGGCAUAACCUGCUUUCAGAAUCGAGUCGCAGAGAUUCGACUGCCGGGCGCAGGGCUCCGGGGAAUAAUUCCACCCGGAAGCUUGAGCUUGAUCUCGGAACUUCGGGUAGUAAGCCUGCGGAACAACCAGUUAACAGGGCCGUUUCCUGACGAGCUUGGAAAAUGCAGCAAUGUGGAGUCAUUGUAUUUGGCAGGCAACGCUUUCUCCGGUCCAGUGCAAAAUCUCACUGGACUCAUGCCGCGGCUCACCCAGUUGAGCUUGGAGUAUAAUAGGUUGAAUGGCACCAUUCCCGAGGAGUUAGGGUUAUUAUCCCGACUGAACUUGCUGAAUCUCCGCAACAACUCUUUCUCUGGGAGCAUUCCGUCCUUCAAUUCUGCAAACCUGAUCAUAUUUGAUGUAGCCAACAAUAAUUUGUCCGGUCAAAUUCCUGCAUCACUGUCGAAAUUUCCGGCUUCGUCUUACCACGGCAAUCCUGGUUUGUCCGGUUGCCCUCUCGAAUCUGCAUGUCCGUCAUCAGUAGCACCUAUCACAGCCCCCAGUCCCCUUGUAUCAUCUCCACAGGCGCCGAGAGGCAAACUCUUGUCAGUGGGCGCGAUCGCGGGAAUAGUCGUCGGCGGAGUGUUGUUUCUGGUUCUCGUUGCAAGUUUUCUGCUCUUUCUAUGCAGACGAAAGAAAGGAUGGCACGAUGCUGCACCAGUCGGAACACGUGAGGUUCCUCGUGACCAUUCUCGUCAGAAGACUCUUGAGAAAGGGGAUGAAGUGCAAGCAGAAGAGUACUCGAGCGUUGUUGUUGAGAAGCAGGCGAUCAACGGACUGGUUCCUUUAUGCCCGGUAUCAUUCGAUCUCGACGAUUUGUUACGGGCUUCCGCGGAGGUACUGGGCAAGGGUACUGUGGGAACAGCUUACAAGGCGAUCUUGGAGGACGGGUCGGUCGUGGUGGUGAAGAGGCUAAAAGAUGUGCCAGCCGGUAGAAAAGAAUUUGAGGCUCAGAUUCAGGUCUUAGGAAAAUUGCAGCAUCGUAAUCUAGUGCCGCUCCGGGCUUACUACUUCUCCAGGGAUGAAAAGCUCCUGGUUUCUGACUUCAUGUCAACGGGGAACCUUUUUUGUCUUCUGCACGGUAAUCGAAGCGGGAACAACCGUACACCUGUGGAUUGGUUGACUCGAGUAAAGAUUGCAAUUGGAGCUGCGACGGGGCUUGCUUAUUUACACGCACAAGGAGGUCCCAAUUUCGUUCACGGGAACAUCAAGUCAUCCAACGUUCUGAUAAACAGAGACCUAGAAGCUUGUUUAUCUGACUAUGGACUAGCAUACCUGUUUGGCUCUUCAAGUAGUUCAUCGAAAAUGGUCGGCUACCGAGCACCUGAGGUUGCCACAACCCGGAGGCUCACACACAAUUCGGAUGUCUUCAGCUUUGGAGUGCUACUUCUCGAGCUUCUUACAGGGAAAUCACCCACCCAAGCGUCUGCCAACAAUGAGAUCAUUGACUUGCCACGCUGGGUGCAAGGUGUCGUUCGGGAGGAAUGGACAGCCGAAGUGUUUGAUUUAUCGCUGAUGCGCUACCAAAACAUCGAAGGAGAGUUGGUCGCAAUGCUGCGGAUCGCAGUGCAAUGCGUUGAUCGUGUACCUGAGCGGCGCCCAAAGAUGACCCAGGUCGUUGCCUUGCUUGAGAAUGUGCACCCUUUAAUCGGAGACAGCAGAGACGAGACCUCGCGACAUUACGAGAGUGCUUCGGAGCAUUUCAGAAGUAGUGACAGAGACACCUCACACAGGAGCUCUCCUUACUUCCGCGCCCCUUGACCUCCUUCGACUCAAUUCGAGCGUGGCCGCGCAUGGUGCUUGUGGAAUAUUAUUCGUGGGGGUCCUCGUCUCCACGAUUUGUAGUGUAAUACCAUUUGCUUAUCGCCCUCACUUGUUAAAAAGACCACUAUCACGAGUGUUUCUAGCUUCCAUUCACUCGACGAUUAGAGUGAAGCAAUGUAAAAUGUCUUAGCAUUCAUGUCAAUUAAUGAACAAGUUUCGACCCAUUCUUUUCUAAAAA